GCUACCUCCUGGCUAUGCUUUCGCCUGCGUGCGCUGAUGCGGCCCGUAUGAGCAGAAAAGAACAAGCUUCCCCUUCGCUUUGUGCUGCUCAACUAACUUGACCAAACUAGAACGAUCUGUUCAUCAAUCUAAUCCACGGCAGAAAAAGAAGCCCAAAUUACGAACAAGACAAGGCCUGAUGUCUUUUACCAUUUUCGUUAAAUCCGUGCUUUUAGGCACCCAAUUAACGCAAAUUUUUCUGGGUUUUGAAGUCUCGUGAUCUGAUUUUUCUUACAAAUUUCUUGGAGGACGAACAACACGUGCCCAUUUGUUGUUGUAUUUGUAAUAGAAAUUUGUAAGGCCAUGUCGUUUGUUGAUUGGAUUGGAAUCGCAGUUCGUGAGAAGGGGUUGUGUUAUAAACCUUUCCCUUUUCUGGUUGGGUUUGAUGUGUUUUGAAUCUUGUUUUGAUAUGUUUGACUUCCGGCUCCGAGAUGUGGGAAUGUUUUUAUCUGACACCCACUUAUUUAACAGAAAGGAACUAAUAAUUUGAUUUAAUUUUGGCGACUGUGAGCUUUUGAUUUUCGUGUUUAUUGCGUGGAAUGUGGAUAGGGAGAAAGGUAAGAAUAUUUCUUAUUUCUAUUUUCUUUCAGCGAUUUUUUAAUGAUGUGAAUUUUAAGGGGCCUAGGGUUCGCUUUUCGGCCUUCACUCUUCUAUCAUUCCCCAAAUUUCUUCCCCUUUCGUAUGAAUUUUUCGUCGAUUUUUCUUCAUCUCAUUGCGCUAGAUGCUCAAAUUCCCUUCAUCCUUCCCAUUCGCUUUCUGGGUUUUCCGGUUUCUGUCGUCUGAGGCGCUGAAUUCCCUCUCGCUUCUUCUUCUGGUGACUGGUUCGUUUAAUUUUGAGGUUUUCUCUUAUGGGUUUUGCUUUGGAGCUUCGGUUUUGAUGUUUUUGUUUUUGUUUUUUUUAAUGAAUCCUUGACAGCAGCUGGAUAUAUGCUUUGUUCUUGUUGUUCAUAAGGGUUUAAUUGUUGGUCCGGUGAGAAUUAAACGUUCCAGACGGCUUUGAUUUUGAUCUUAAAGCCGUCCUUGAGAGGCUUUAGGAUGAUGGCAUUGUUUCAACCUCAAAAUGAAAAUUCAGGUUCUGUAAUUCUAGGUCAUGGCCUAUUGGUAUUGGUCUCUGAGAUUGUUAGCUGAUCACAGAGCGUUGGGGCUCUGUUUUGGCGAAUGGUUGUGUUCUAACUGUUCCACAAGCAAGUUGAAAGAUCUCAUUGCUUGAGGAAGUUUGCUUAAUGCAAUUAUCUCCCGGUUCUUCUUGUAAACGAUGCUUCAUUCCGUAAUAGCUGCUAGACAAACUUGUAGCCUACUUGCUGUCACUUGCGGAAGUGUUCUUAAAGCGAAAUGCGAGGAAGAUGUCGAUGAGGAUAAGUUGAAAUAUCCGUUUCCGGGAUUAGUUUCUUCUGGACGAUUGGAGGUUCGAGCUUUGACAAAUCCAAGCACGGAUGAAUUUAGUAGAAUUGUGGAAUCGUGUCUACCGAGCUUUGUCUACUUGCAAGGGGAACAACUAGGAAAUGAUGAAAUUGGAUCUUUGGUUUGGAAUGGUGUUGAUUUGUUUCUUGAAGAUUUAUGUGGGCUGUUCAAUACUGCACUACCAACUGUUGUGUAUUUAGAAAUCCCAAAUGGAGGCAGAAUAGCGGAGGCGCUUCAUUCUAAGGGAAUUCCUUAUGUCAUGUAUUGGAACAGCACAUUUUCGUGUUAUGCUGCAGCUCAUUUUCGUAAUGCAUUGUUUUCAGUGUUGCAGAGUUCAUCUACUCAUACAUGGGAUGCUUUUCAGCUUGCACGUGCUGCUUUUAGGCUUCAUUGCAUGGGGAGCAGUCACGCUCUGCCUGGGAUUGUUGACAGUAUUACGAGUGGUUUAGAGCCACAGGUAUUUGGGGAACCCCUAAAGAUUAAUGUAGAACCCCCCAAGGUCGACGUAGGUGAAGGUGAAGAUGAAGAUGGUUCAUUAGAAACUCUCACUGCCAUAAGUAUUCACGAUAAUAAUGUGACCGUGAGAUUUCUUAUCUGUGGAGUGCCUUGCACACCGGAUGCAUGCUUAUUGAGAUCAUUGGAGGAUGGCCUUAAUGCUCUUUUGAACAUUGAAAUACGUGGGUGUAAACUUCAGGGAAAGUUCAGUGCUCCUCCGCCACCUCUUCAGGCAGGAUCCUUUGCUCGUGGAGUUGUGACGAUGCGGUGUGAUAUAGUGACUUGUAGUUCAGCCCACAUCUCAAUAUUGGUGUCUGGUAGCCCUCAUACUUGUUUUGAUGAUCAGCUCUUAGAGAAACAUAUCAAACACGAGAUUAUUGAAAAUAACCAGUUGGUUCAUGCCAUGUAUGAUUGUGAGGACAACAAACAUCACAUGCACGAGCCUCGAAAAUCUGCUUCAGUUGCCUGUGGGGCAACAGUAUUUGAGGUUUCCAUGAAGGUUCCCGCUUGGGCAUCACAGGUCUUGAGGCAGCUAGCACCUGAUAUGUCGUAUCGGAGUUUAGUUGCACUCGGCAUUGGGGGAGUUCAGGGUUUGCCUGUUGCUUCUUUCGAGAAAGAGGAUGCUGAGCGAUUGCUCUUCUUUUGUUCAAAAGAUGUGAAUGAUAAACAUUCAGAUCAGUUGCUUGUAAGUGUAUUACCCAGCUGGUUUAAGCCACCGCCUCCUAGUAGAAAGAGAGUAGAACCAAGCCAAGGAAUACGGAGCACCCUUUCACACGAUCGUCUUGCAUAUGCAAACAUCCCUUUCAUUAGAAGAGUAGGUAGAGAGGAGCCUGCACCAAUGAAUGGGUUCAAGACACCUUUACUCGCAACAAGGAAAAGAUUAAAAGUAGCCUCCAUGAGGCCUAUUCCACGCGUGCAUAGGAAUAAAAUGACGCCGUUCUCUGGAUUGACCGAAGCAGAUGGGAACAAUGGAGGACAACCCAAGGCUUGUUUUCCUGUUGUUACCCCAUCAAAGCAUGUAACUGUAGGAUCAACUUCUGCAACACAAAGAAAAUCCUUUUCGAGCUCAUCUCAGUCUAAGCAGAUUAUUUCCUUAAACCCGCUGCCUCUAAAGAAGCAUGGUUGUGGAAGAAACCCAAUUCAAGAUUGCUCAGAGGAGGAGUUCUUGAAGGAUGUUAUGGAGUUUCUACUACUUAGAGGACAUUCACGACUUAUACCUCAAGGUGGACUUGAGGAGUUCCCAGACGCCAUACUCAACGGAAAGCGUCUUGACCUCUAUAACUUGUAUAAGGAGGUGGUCACUCGAGGAGGCUUUCAUGUCGGUAACGGUAUCAACUGGAAAGGGCAGAUCUUCUCUAAGAUGCAUAACUACACAAUGUCCAACAGAAUGACUGGUGUCGGAAAUACACUGAAACGACAUUACGAGACGUACCUUCUCGAAUAUGAAUUGGCUCAUGAUGAUGUAGAUGGAGAAUGCUGCCUUUUGUGCCACAGUAGUGCAGCAGGGGAUUGGGUGAACUGUGGUAUUUGUGGUGAAUGGGCUCAUUUCGGGUGCGAUCGAAGGCAGGGUCUCGGUGCAUUUAAGGAUUAUGCCAAAACAGAUGGGCUAGAGUAUGUUUGUCCACAUUGUAGCAUUACAACUUACAACAAGAAGAAACCACACAGAGUAGCAAACGGGUCUCCGCAAGGACUAACGAAUCCACCACGGAUACCUUGAUUCAGUUUUGGCCUUCGUCUCGAGGUUUCGGCUGUGCUAUUUUUCCUUUUUGCCUAUUCUUAUAUCGUACAUGAGAAAUUAUUCAUUCCAUGAGCUCGUAGACGAGUUUUGAUUUGAGAUGGUGUGCUGCUGAAGAGUAAAGAUUAGAGCACACAUGAGAACAGACUUCAUGAUAUAGGUAGCUGUUUAGGAGUUAGGAGUAAAGUUAGCAGUAGGGUGCUGUAAUAUAACUUCUAUUCUUGUAGCUAAGCCAUGACUGAUGUAUUUUAAUGAACAUAGAUAUCUAAUUUACCAUUUUUCAUUGUAUAAAAA